AUGAAUUUUGAUGGAGCUAGCCGAGGCAACCCGGGUAAAUUUGGAUACGGUGCCAUUAUAAGGAAUGAAUUUGGCAAUUUUGUAUGGGCAAAAUAUGGUUCACUGGGAAUUAAUACAAACAUGGCAGAAUUGGCGGGAUUACUAGAUGGACUGGAAUGGUGUGUGGCACAUGGCAUUCAGGAUGUAGAAGUUGAGGGAGAUUCACAAAUUAUCCUGAAUGGGAUUUCAAAUCAAAAUUUUGAAAACUGGAAACUGGAGAGGUUGACAGAAAAGGAGGAGCUACCAGACGGAUUGAUAGAGAUCCUUGUUGCAGACAAAGACAAAUUUCCUAAAUCUGGAAUCGGUUGA